GCAGUGCGGAGCGGCGGCGCGCUGGGGCAUGCGGAGCGGCCGGGCCCCGCGCAGAUGAUGGCGAUACGCGAGCUCAAAGUGUGUCUGCUUGGAGAUACUGGGGUUGGGAAAUCGAGCAUUGUUUGUCGAUUUGUCCAGGACCACUUUGAUCAUAAUAUUAGUCCUACUAUUGGAGCAUCCUUCAUGACUAAAACUGUGCCAUGUGGGAAUGAGCUUCAUAAAUUUCUGAUCUGGGACACAGCUGGUCAGGAACGGUUUCAUUCCUUGGCUCCAAUGUACUACCGAGGUUCAGCAGCAGCCGUGAUAGUUUAUGAUAUCACCAAACAGGAUUCAUUUCAUACUUUGAAGAAAUGGGUGAAAGAACUAAAAGAACAUGGUCCUGAAAACAUUGUAAUGGCCAUUGCUGGAAACAAAUGUGAUCUUUCUGAUAUCAGGGAGGUUCCUAUGAAGGAUGCCAAAGAAUAUGCAGAAUCUAUAGGUGCAAUUGUUGUUGAAACCAGUGCAAAGAAUGCUGUUAAUAUUGAAGAACUUUUUCAAGGAAUAAGUCGGCAAAUUCCACCCUUAGAUCCUCAUGAAAACAGUAACAAUGGAGCAAUCAAACUUGGAAAGCAAACUUCACAGACGGGUAGGCGGUGCUGCUGACCCAACUUGAUCUUUUUAGAUUUACUUGAAAAACAGCACCAUUUGCCUUUUUUUUUCACUGAGAAAGGACUUAGUGAUCUCAGUGACGUGGCUCCUUAUCUUGAAAGCAGUAAUUUCAAUACUUCCCAUGAGCAAUAACGCAAGGACCAGAAGCAGAAGGCUUGACUUCAAAGGGAUUUUGCAAAACCCAGUUGGAAAAUCCUCUCUAAUAUCCUGUCAAAAUUACAAUGUCAGAGUACUCCAACUCUCUGUUUAAACCAAUGACUGAGGGGGUUUUUUAAUAAAAAGAUUGGUUUAUAUAUAAAAUUUAGGUUUGCUGCAAAAACUUAUCUUUUACAUUGCAAAGUGGACUUGGCAUGUUUUUAGAGUUUUCUCUGUAAUAAUAGGGUGAAAAAGACCCACCAUAAAACCUGAUUUGCUUUUUUUUAUGGCUUCACUGCCAUCUUUUUAGCUGGACUCUGCUUCACUAUUUUUGUAAAUCUGCAGCUUCAUCUCACACUUUCAGUAAACAUUAGCAAGAAAUAAACUGAAUUUGCUAACUGAAGAAAAAAAAUGGAUCCAAAGGAUGAGUGAAUGCAGUUUUUAGACUAGAGGUCAAAAUCUGUGUCAGGAGGUGCUGUGUAUGUGAAAGAAGGAGUUGUCAUGAAGGAAGCUGCUGGACCCCAUACAUUUCGAGUGUGCUCCAGAAGGAAGUGAAAAUGCAGCCACUGUGCGAUGACUGGAAUGAUUCCCUGUGCAGGGUGUAGGCUUCAUUAAUUACUGAAAAUGUAGAAAGAAUGUAAAUACAGGCUUAAUCUCCACUACGUACCAGGUUUCCUCCAAAUCUGUGCCCCAGACCAAAGUUGUCUCUGUUCAAAGUUGCCUAUUCCUUGGUUUCUAAAAGAGGAUGCCACAGUGCCUCAUUCCACAUGGUCUCGCUGCUGUGCUCCAAGAGACCUUCAAGUUCAGAGAAGGAUAUUUCUGUACAAAAACUGCUUAAGAGAGCACAAUAUAAUUUGGGGUUAGAGGCUGGAAUCUAAUAAAACAAACCUGAAUGUUUGUUUACAAAUGUAAUUCUGUGAAUUUGUGGAGUAGUCUUCUCAUUUGUGAUGUGGAAGACCCACUGUGUGAUAUCUUUGAAGCAUGAUGCACUUGAAAAUGCAGUGUAGGAAAAAAAUCCUACAGAUGGUUAUGAACUGGUAAUAAUGUAAAACUGUAUGCGUUUUUCACUUCCAUCUUUUAUGAAUUUGUGUGACUGAGAUGAUAAAAUCCAAAUGUAUCUUCUUCAUCAAUUUCAUUGGAAAUGGGAAUUAGGGUAAGAAAUGCCAGCUUCAAAACCAGAGCCCAGCCUGCAUUCCACAACAUUAAUUUAUUCUCUUAUGAGGAAAAUUAUCGUCACUGCACAUUUUGGGGGGAACUUAUGAAAAGCAAACAAAAAGGAAAAACAGCUUGGCACAAUAAAUCAUGAACUGGCAGGCUAAGAGCGUGGUUUCCGUGUUUAUACAUAAAAAGCAGAUCUUAUUGGCUGGUUGUUAGAUUGCUUUGAUAAAAUGUCACUAAUUAUUAGGACUUGAAACAGAGCCAGAUAAAAUCAACAGGAACAUUUUGUCUCCAGAGGGCUUGGAAUAGUUAUAGGUGGGAAAUGUCCCUCUGGAUUUUAUCUAAGAAUCUAAACUGCAUUGUUUUUCACAUAUAAUCCAUUUCUCCCAUAUUUUGGCCUCCUUUGAAAGCACUCAUACUUGAAAAUAUGCCCUUGGAUAUUUUGGGUAAACUUUCAGUUGUCACCUGUGCUGAUAUAUGAUCCAUGUCUCUGACUCAUUGCAGCAACUAUUUUACUGAUAAUCCCGGGUUAUUUAAGUGAAAAUUCAGCAAUCAUCAUUGUUGAUAGCUGGGGAGAGAGACAGGCUCCUUUAGGGAACAUUUAAUCCCUUCUUGGUACAAGCAAGUCUUCCAGUGGUGCCUGACUCUUUCACCUGGCUGUGGAGGGAGAGCUUAACCUGGCCUUCAGCACUAAAGAAAUAUCAAACUUACCAGCAUCCCAAAUUCAUACAAUUUAUGGGCUCUAUGACCCAAUGCUGCAAGAGAUCUGGUUCCUCCUAAGUAAAACCCAGUAAAAGGCUAGACCUUUUACCCAGGAAACAAGGUGAGAUUGAACCCAUGUUUUUAAAGAUGUCAUAGAUUUUAGUUCAACGUAUAGCACUAACGCAUAACUGAUUUUUUAGCUUUUGUAAAUCAUUGUAACAUUUUUUUUAACGUGGCAUCUCAAAACUUACUAAAUCCUAAUUGAGAUGUCUGAAAGCUUUGUAAGACAAUUCUGCAAAUACCUUGUAUAACUUAUGCUAGAACUGGCAAAUGAUUCUGAUCUGCAUGGGAUGUUGUCCUGAAGUGCUGGCUCUCACAGCUGCCAUUGAGCAGAAUGUGAAUCAGAACAUAUUUAUUAAUUAUAUGUUAAAAUAGUUUAAAAUUGGAAGUUUUUAACAGUGAAUGGCAGAUUUUUAAAAUUUGAAUGCUAAGUAGGCUCAAGAUGUUUUUGCAUUUGGUGAGUCAAAUCUAAAUCACCUUAUUCUACUUUUAGUCAAGAAAAAGAUUUAAAUGAAUAAGUAUUCUGACUGUGUAAGUUCUUGAUAUUUGGUUUACCGUGAGCUUGAGCAGGGAAGUCUGAAGUCACAGGUGAAAAAAUAACAGGCCACUGUGCUAUGCAGAGCAUCUCUCAUUUUCUCUGGACAGAGGGCUCACCUUCAAUGAUGAUGUUGCCUCUCUGCUGUUCGUCAAAGCUAAAGUGCAGCUUUCACACGCCUCUUGAAAUGGGAUUUGUUAUAAAAGUUGUGAUUUUCAAAUGUAAAAUCAAUGAUUUCUGCUUUCUUUUGUUGCCUAUGUUGCUUGGAAAGUACCACUACCAUUCAUAAACAGCCAGAAAAAUGGCAUAGAAAAAUCCCCCAAUCUCGGAGUCAAAAGUUUCAGCAGCAACUGGAAUUCCUCUUAGUAGUUAAUGGCUGGUGAAAAGUUAAAUUACUGUACGGGAGCACCUGACUGUAGCUGAUCAUCUGUAAUAAUAGGAAUAAUAGUAAUAUCAAUGCUGCCUUUCUAGGUUAACCAGCUGGUGCUGGGUUUGUCCAAGAUUUGUUUUCUCAAGAGAUCUGGCAGCAGGACUAAGGCACAGGCCGUGGUGCUAAGGAUAUUUGGUGGAGCUUAUUUGCACCAUGACUCGAGACUGUGACUGUCCAGUUGUGGGUGACUUGCUUUUCUGGCUUGUUGUGAGCUAGUUUAAAGACAGAAUUAUGAAGGAACUGGUUUUCAUAUAUGCUCCGCAUAUGUGUGUGUAUAUAAGUAUGGUUUUAUAUUGUUGUGCUGACAUGUAGUGUUUUUUCACUAUGUCUGGUUCUCAUAUACUGCACAUUGUACUCUGUAAGUACAUUUUUUUGUUAAUGAUCAUUUCACCUUUAUGGAUUUAAAGUUGCAGAUCAAAGGUAGCAAGGAGAUAGGUACACAUAGGUACAAUUGUUGACUUGCCAUUCUUAUGCAUGAAAAUGGCAUAUUAUAGAAAAAGUUUGUCUUGCAGACUAAGAAAUCUAAAAAAGGCCAUUAUUAUUCAAGAAUUGGGAUUCUGAAGUAAUAAAGUGACACUCAAAAAAAAAAAGGAAAAAACAAUUUUUGUUCAUGGUACAGCAUGUCUAUCUGAAAUGCUGCAGUGUAACGUGGGUCUGUAUCGAUACCUAGAAAAGUUACCUGUCAUCCCAUGUCUUCUCUAAUCCUUCACGGCACACGGUAAUAAGCAUGACUAGAUAGAUUACAUGUGUAAGCAUUCUGACGAUAAUUAGACUGUCUUAAUACAGUGAUACAUUUUACUAUCCUACCCUUAAUUAUUUAAACCAGAGUCAGUGAUAAACUGUCAGUUUAAAAUCACCUGCUAAGUAUUCUUCCUCUGUUUUGUUUAUAUAAGGGCUUUGACUGGGCUGGACCCACUCGCUUCAUGUAUGGGAUGCUGCAAUCUGUUAAUACUUUACCUUUUGUUUUACAUAUUAAUUGUAUCAUACCUAAUAUUAUUUUUUGCCCUAAAAUGUAGUUUUGGUGUUUUAUUUAACCUACAAUGAUUAACAAUAAUAAAUGUUUUAAAUGCCUCUGA